CCUGCAAGAAGAAGGAGGACGAUGCCAAGAGCCCCUCGCAGAACAGCCACAUCAAGAAACCGCGCCUGGUCUUCACCGACCUCCAGCGUCGAACCCUCCAUGCCAUCUUCAAAGAGAACAAGCGUCCUUCGAAGGAGAUGCAGAUCACCAUUGCACAGCAGUUGGGUCUUGAGCUCAGCACCGUCAGUAACUUCUUCAUGAACGCCAGGAGGCGGAGCCAAGACAAAUGGCAGGACGAGAUGGGCGGGGUCGGUGGUAAUGUGGGCGGGGCACCCGGAGGAGGCGGACAACAUCCCAACCAGGGCUCUCUAACACCAAAGUCAGAGUACAAGGCGUAGGAGUCACGGUGAUGAUGACGUGGAUGGGGCACUUGAGAGAGAUGGGCGGGGCUGUGGUAUCCAUGCGUUCCUCUCUACCAAAGAUCAUUAUCGCCUGCGCUGGUCCGAAGAGCAUGUGUGUGAGCUAUUACUCUUUUCCAAGCCUAAGUUGAGUCGGGAUCGACCUCGCCAGUAGACCUGAACCAAAACAGCAUCAGCUUCAAAGAACCCCAGGUCUACAUCAGCAAAUCAUAGGCCUGUAUACCGGUACAUUAAGCUGCUCUGGUCGACUCCUAUCUCCUGCAAACCACUUCAAGGAGCAUCUAAUGCCGAACCUCCAAGGGGGUGAUGCGAUCUGCUGUUACCAGCGACGAUGUUGCACCAUCGUUUGGUCAUCUGGAUGGACAUUCAAAGGCUGGAGAAUGAUUUAUUUAUUUCCAUUGGAAUCUAUCAAACUACUUUCUACAGGGUUGGACUAAUUUAUUUCUAUAGUGUGCUGUGUGCAAAAAGGGUUUCUUUUCCGUCUUGAGGCUAUAAGUGCAGUGUGCAAAAUGGGCGGGGCUAUCUCUGUAUUUCUUUGCUUGCCUGCAUACAUUAUUACUUGGACAUAAUGACAAAUAUAUCACCCAUGCAUACUGAAUAUCAGCAUUUCUUGAAGAAAAUUAUUUCACAUCUUUCGCCUGACAGCACAUUUUUAUUCUUGCUCAUCAAAAUUGAAAUCAAAUUUAACAUUUUACUGGCUGAAAGUUGUUCUGAAAUUGAAACAUUGGGCUGAAAUUGUAGGAUGCAAAUUGCAAUAUGUUUUGCACAAUGGUGAAAAAAAGCUAUAAAACAAAAAUGCUUACACAUUAUUUAUUUAACAGAAUGAACAGAAAAGUGUUGUUAACAUUUUGCUGGGGUUAUGGUCUACAAGUAGAGAUUAAAGCUCUCUGGUCGUUAGAGGGCGACAUUUCACUUGUACUCUCUACUGUAAAGGCACAGUGAGAUAAUUUAGAAUGUGUGCUCUUCAAAAGUGGAGAUGUAUUUUCUGCAAUAAAAUUUGGAUGUUUUCUAAGUUUUUCAUGUCUACCUCUACAUGUUGAGAAAAAAAAAGAAGAUAAUGAGAUGUAAAUGUAUUCAGAUUAGAAAUAGAAAUAGAUUAUGAAUAUUCAUUAUCUAUUUGCAUAAAGAGAUUAUAGUGUAUGUUAGUGGUAUGCAUUUUGGCUAUCAAUGGUGAAUUGUGUUUAAAUUAUUUCACACACACCAUGUCCAACUGUCCAUUAUUUGAACUAAAAGUAUUCUUUUGUUUAAACUCUGCUCAAUUUCCUUAAAUUAGCUUAAAAACUAGUUGCAAUUCAUAAAAUAUUUACAAAAAUAUUCAUUAUAAUUUUUAUUAUGAAUGCUUUGCAAUAAAUGUUUUAUUAUGAAGGGAUAUAUAUUUGCAUUUGUAGGCUGAAAUAUUUCAUAAAAUGUUUAUUCAUGAUGAUUUUUUCCACUUUGGUCGAAACACACAUUCCCAAAUAGAUGAUGAUUCUACUAAUAUCAUUCUAAACUUUUCAUUAUUCUGAAUUUUGACUGAUAUUUGUGUUAAAAACCCUUUGCAAGGGAGCUUAGCAUUCUAUGACAGUAUGUGUACCACUGUAUGGAAAGAGGCUGGGAGAUCUGUUAUAGAAUUUGUUAGAAAUUACCAAGAAGAUAUUUUGAAGUAUUUCUAAUUACCAUAUUUCUUUCACAUUCCAUAAGUAUUGAAAUCUCUAUUAUAUGUAUAUCUGCUUCGUGAGAAAAGGAUGAUUUUUGAAAUAUUAUUUAUUCACUGUAUUAUUAUGUUCUUACAUUUUGUGUGCUGUGCAAAAGUAGAGACUUUGUAAAUCUCGACACGGGGGCAAUUAUUUGAUGGAAAAAGUAUUCUUCAUGUACACUGUAGUAUGAGUAGACUUUUUUUUUACCAUUCCACAAUCUUUUGUUCAUACACAUUUUGCAGUGCAGUUUAAUAGUUUGUAGAUGAAAUAGUUAGCCAAUGACUUGUGUCUCUAGUUAUUUAAUUUCAUUAUUUUGUUUCCAUUUCAUACUAUUUGCCAGUGUGAAAGAAUUAGUCUUUAUUUCAGACCUUGUUGCUGCAUUAUAUGGUUGUUUGAAA